AUUUACUUUUUUGGGUGUCUUAAAAAGGAAAUUCACACCCCAGCAAACUUGUAAUUAUCCAUUCAGCCCCAGCCCGCCAUGGUUGCUCUUAGCUGCGGGUGCUCCUUCAAGCUCCGCCGUCACCCUCCUCCCAACACCGCCGCUACCACCACUCCCCCUCAUAAUCUCCGGCACCCUUCUCGAAUCUCUGCCAAUCCCCUUCCUCCUCCUCAUCCUUUCACUCUUAAACUACAUCCAACAAAAGAUCCAAUCUUUUCUUUAGCUGAAUCUUUAUCCACUGCCAGCUUCAUUGCCCUCCUCUCCUCUUCACUCUUCUUUUCCACUCAUCCUGCUCUGGCCUUCAAGGGUGGAGGUCCAUAUGGUUCUGAGGUGACCAGAGGGCAAGACCUUUCCGGGAAAGAUUUUAGUGGCAGAGUUUUGAUCAGGCAAGAUUUCAAAACGUCCAUAUUGAGACAAGCCAAUUUCAAAGGAGCAAAACUAACAGGAGCUAGCUUCUUUGAUGCUGAUUUAACAGGGGCAGAUCUCUCUGGUUCUGAUCUUAGAGGCGCCGAUUUCUCCCUAGCAAAUGUAACAAAGGCAAAUUUGAGCAAUGCUAACUUGGAAGGAGCACUUGCAACUGGAAACACAUCUUUCAAAGGGGCAAUUAUAACUGGUGCAGAUUUUACAGAUGUUCCCUUGAGAGAAGACCAAAGGGAAUACCUGUGCAAAGUUGCAGAUGGGGUAAACCCUGUAACGGGUAACGCGACACGCGAUACAUUGCUCUGCAAUUAAAGAAAACUCGGCAUGCAUAUUCGUUGGCUAUCCAUAGAUGUAACAUCAAGUUAGUAAAUUUUCUAGCAAGAUGCUCUUGAUAUAGAUGUAACAACUAUCAAGUUUGUGCAAAUGAAAUACCCCUUCUAUAUAUCACAUGGCUCUGCUUCUUUAGAAGAUCUAUGCAUUUUUUGUCCCAAGGUAUUUGUCUAGUU